AUGCUGAAAUUAUGCCGCGUCAGCAAAGCCUUCAGCCGUCUGACAAUGGAUGCCAUCCUCGAGUCCAGCAUGUUGGACGAUGUUGGAUACUGGGAUCCUAUGCGGAAACAAACCAUAUUCUACCACACGGUCGACUUUGCUCCCUUUUCAUAUCCACCUCUUCUAGAGAAUGCAUCUGACGAUGAUGAUACCAACUCUGAGCCCGAGACGCCAGAUCUGGACAGACCGUUGUCUCCAUCGCCUCCAGAGGGUGAUCGAGAACAACUCCAACACGAUGUUCUCUCUGAAAAAGAGCUGUUCACUUCCAGCUCAUCUUUAGUCCUUAGCGACGAUUUCUGGGUCAUGUUCCUGACAGCCAGGACAUUGGGCAGAAUCAGAUCGAAACCGCCAACUCAAGACCAUAUUCUAAUGUUGAGAGUCGCAGAACAUAUCUACCGAUACACACAACAACUAUUUCCACAAAUAGAGUUGGAAGAUACGGUACGCAUAGUUUGCGAAGUAGCGGUCAAGCACGGAUACAUCUACUCUCAUCCCGAUUUCUACACCAAGAACGAAUCCCCGGCAUUCGAUGCGACAGAGCUUCAAAUAGAUGAAUCUUGUGCAGUUUUUCGCGACGCUCUAGCAGCAAUGGCAGUAUAUCUAAGCGACCAUACCCUUCUCGAAAAUACACUUUCCAAUGAGGAUCCGAUCCUUUGUCCCUUCCACGAUAAGGCACUUUCAACGGCAGAUGGCCUACCCAAAGUAUUAGCAUCGUUCCAGACACCCAUUCCUCAGGCUGGCCGCAUAGUAGACAAUCAGCUUGGCUUCAUGCCGCCGAAAUGUGGGACGUCUCUUAUGAGACUUGCGAACCCAGUUAAGCUUGCUGUCCAGUUGGGCGAGAUAGAAUGCGUCACCCUCUUGUUGAAGAGUGUUUCCGACAGAGACCGCGAACUUGACAUUUAUAGGAUGGACAUCAUCACUGAAGUCGCUCUUCCCGAUCAGAUCGAGUUUCUUCGCCUCGCUAUUGAGUCAGGUCGGCCUCUUGCGAGAUACCGGUUGAUAGCACCAUCAAUUGCGGAUAUGAUAUGGAUGAACGGACGAACUGGCCCUUCUUCAAGAUCGCCAGCUGGUAUCCAGUUGAGCAAAAUUUUAGAGACAACAACUAAUCUCGAAGUUUUCAACUUGGCUUACGAUGCUAUAUUGGAAGGCUAUAAUGAAGAUGAAGGCAUUUGGUGGACACAGGGUCUCUCCUCCGGGGCAGACACUCUGGCCACUUGGGGCCUGAGAAGAAUUCAACGCGCGGUGUUGGAUGAUUGUUUACCCAUCGUGCGAAGGCUUGUAGAACUGGACUAUUCAGUGGGCCCAACGAGAAGCAUUGAGGAUUUAAAGGAUGAAGAGCCCGAUGUUGUUGCCGACAUAAUUAAUGGCGAAAGAAUAGUGGAUGUAGCCCUGCCUAUCGCAGUCAAAAGAGAGAAUCUGGAAAUUGUGAAAUUUUUAUUUGCGGCUGGAGCGCACAAGAAGCGCAAGAAUGUUCGGAAAGCGAUGAGAAUUGCUAUGGAACAGGGUAACCAUGAGAUGCUGGAGGUUUUGACAAGUCAAGGAUCUCCGGCGGGAUUGUUGAACCGAAAGACAAAGCGACGCUGGAAGAAAGACUUGGAAAAGGAAGGAAAGCAAGAUAUUGCGAAAUGGCUAGAAAUAAUGUGA